AUGAUCAAGCAGAGCAGGCUUGACGUCGAUAUCCUCGUCAAUCUCAUCAAGGGAUUCAAGGAAUUUGAACCGGACUGGCUAAAGAUGCCUCUGCCCCAUGCGUUAGGUCGCACUGUGAACCAGUGCCUAGAGGCUGCCGACGCCAUGUUCCAGACUACAGUAGAGCGACCAAAUCUGAAGCGAAAGUCCAUGGGCGAGCUGCAGGAGGUGCCUUUCAAGCGGCGCGUCCUGCCCGCCUCUCUCGAGCACUCAACACAACCAUCGACCUUGACACCAGCCGCGCAGCUGCCGGCCCAGUCGCUAUUGAAUCAGUCGUCUUUGUCAGGCAGCGCUCAACAUGUCAACAUUCGGCCGCGCCCCCCAAGAACAGGACCACCCGCCCCUGGUGAAAUGCAGCUGGUGCCCGCGGCGAAGCGGAGAGGCAGGCCCUCUCGCGCGGACAAGGCUAAAUCAUUGCGUCCUGUACUGCCUCAGUUGGCGCCGCGCACCGAGCCACCUCCUCUGGCACCACAUGUCCCAGGGAGUUCUACAAGCUCCAUGUCCGGCGUGGCAGUAUAUCCACACGAUCAUGCUCAGAGUCCUGCAGCCUCGCGGAAGUCCUUCAGCGCCUCUCCGGGGCCGCAAACCUCCCCGAAACUUGGGCGGAAGAGAGGCCGGCCCUCGAACGCUGACAAGGUCAACAAGGCGGCAAGUUCUCCCACUGGCGCGCCAGUUCCCAACACGCAGGAUUCUCGAGCAUCCCUAAUUUUCAAUGCAGACAGGUGA